CCCAUCUUUCUCUACACACCCUUCUCUCCUCUUGCACAGCUACAAUCGAAUUCAAUACCAAAAUGGCUUCUUUAAACAUGGUGCUUUCGCUAUUUAUCUCUGUUCUUGUCUCCUCUUUGAUGGUUUCUUCUGCCAGCAACUUUUAUAAUGAUUUUGAUAUUACAUGGGGAGACGGCCGAGCUAAGAUUCUCAACAAUGGACAACUUCUCACUCUCUCCCUUGAUCAAGCUUCUGGCUCUGGAUUUCAGUCCAGGAAUGAAUAUCUCUUUGCAAAGAUUGAUAUGCAGCUCAAGCUUGUCCCUGGCAACUCUGCUGGCACUGUCACCGCCUAUUAUUUAAAAUCAAAUGGGUCCACUUGGGAUGAGAUUGAUUUUGAGUUCUUGGGAAAUUUGAGCGGGGAUCCUUACAUCCUCCACACUAAUGUGUUUAGCCAAGGCAAAGGUAACAGAGAGCAGCAAUUCUAUCUGUGGUUUGACCCAACUGCUGAUUUCCACACGUAUACCAUUCUAUGGAAUCCCCAGAGGAUCAUCUUCUCUGUAGAUGGCACCCCAAUUAGAGAGUUCAAGAACUUGGAAUCAAUGGGUGUUCCAUAUCCAAAGAAUCAGCCAAUGAGAAUUUACUCUAGUCUAUGGAAUGCUGAUGAUUGGGCAACAAGAGGUGGUCUAGUGAAGACAGAUUGGAGUAAAGCUCCAUUCACUGCUUCCUAUAGAAACUUCAAUGCAAAUGCAUGUGCUUGGUCUAAUGGGGUAUCUUCCUGUGGGACUUCAAACUCCAUGACAAAUUCAUGGCUGUCAGAAGAGCUUGAUUCAACAAGUCAAGAGAGGCUGCAAUGGGUGAGGAAAAACUACAUGAUAUACAACUAUUGCACAGAUGCCAACAGAUUUCCCCAAGGCUUCCCUCCUGAAUGCAACUUAUCUUAGGCCUACAACACUGAGAUUUCCUCAUUUCUACUUGAACAUAUAUUAUUCUUUUAUUCUUUUAUUGGUUUUGUUAUUUGAAAAAAACUGUAAAUUAUUAUUUCUCCUUAAUCCUCUGUUCGCUAUUUGUUCUAUUUUCAAUCAGUAAGAAAAAUAUGCUAUGGAAAUCGCAUUUACACA